CGACGGCGGUGGCCGGGGCCCGCGGCGGCGGCGGCGGCGGCAGCGAAGGGGGGCGAAGAUGGCGGACGUGCUCAGCGUCCUGCGACAGUACAACAUCCAGAAGAAGGAGAUCGUGGUCAAGGGAGACGAAGUCAUCUUCGGGGAGUUCUCCUGGCCCAAGAACGUGAAGACCAACUAUGUGGUUUGGGGGACUGGAAAGGAAGGCCAACCCAGAGAAUACUACACAUUGGAUUCUAUCUUAUUUCUACUUAAUAAUGUGCAUCUUUCUCAUCCUGUUUAUGUCCGACGUGCAGCUACCGAAAAUAUUCCUGUGGUUAGAAGACCUGACCGAAAAGAUCUACUUGGAUAUCUCAAUGGGGAAGCAUCAACAUCAGCAAGCAUAGAUAGGAGUGCCCCCCUGGAAAUAGGUCUUCAGCGGUCCACUCAAGUCAAAAGAGCUGCAGAUGAAGUUUUAGCAGAAGCAAAGAAACCACGAAUUGAGGAUGAAGAGUGUGUGCGACUUGAUAAGGAGAGAUUGGCAGCUCGAUUGGAAGGCCAUAAAGAGGGGAUUGUACAGACUGAACAGAUUAGGUCUUUGUCUGAAGCCAUGUCAGUGGAAAAAAUUGCUGCAAUCAAAGCCAAAAUUAUGGCUAAGAAAAGAUCUACUAUCAAGACUGAUCUGGAUGAUGAUAUAACUGCCCUCAAACAGAGGAGUUUUGUGGAUGCUGAAGUAGAUGUGACCAGAGAUAUUGUCAGCAGGGAGAGAGUAUGGAGAACAAGAACAACUAUCUUACAGAGCACAGGAAAGAAUUUCUCCAAGAAUAUUUUUGCAAUUCUUCAAUCUGUAAAAGCUAGAGAAGAAGGGCGUGCCCCUGAACAGCGUCCUGCUCCAAAUACAGCCCCCGUGGAUCCCACAUUGCGUACAAAGCAGCCUAUUCCGGCUGCCUACAACAGAUAUGACCAGGAAAGAUUCAAAGGCAAAGAAGAAACGGAAGGCUUUAAGAUUGAUACCAUGGGCACAUACCAUGGCAUGACACUGAAAUCUGUAACGGAAGGUGCAUCUGCCCGUAAGACUCAAACUCCUGCAGCCCAACCUGUACCUAGACCAGUUUCUCAAGCAAGACCACCUCCAAAUCAGAAGAAAGGAUCACGAACACCCAUUAUCAUUAUCCCUGCAGCUACCACUUCUUUAAUAACCAUGCUUAAUGCAAAAGAUCUUCUACAGGAUCUGAAGUUUGUUCCAUCAGAUGAAAAGAAGAAACAAGGUUGUCAACGAGAAAAUGAAACACUAAUACAGAGAAGAAAAGAUCAGAUGCAACCAGGGGGCACAGCAAUUAGUGUCACAGUACCUUAUAGAGUAGUAGACCAGCCCCUGAAACUUAUGCCUCAGGACUGGGAUCGGGUUGUGGCUGUUUUUGUUCAAGGUCCUGCUUGGCAGUUCAAAGGAUGGCCAUGGCUUCUACCUGAUGGAUCACCAGUUGACAUAUUUGCUAAAAUUAAAGCUUUCCAUCUCAAGUAUGAUGAAGUUCGUCUAGAUCCAAAUGUUCAAAAAUGGGAUGUAACAGUAUUAGAACUCAGCUAUCAUAAGCGUCAUUUGGAUAGACCAGUUUUCUUACGUUUCUGGGAAACAUUGGAUAGGUACAUGGUAAAGCAUAAAUCCCAUUUGAGAUUCUGAAUCUUAUGAUUUCUCCUUUUCUGAAAACUUGGUUUAAGAAGCAUGGAUAUAGCUUGAUCUACAGACUGAGACCCAAGCUUUAUGAAUUCAUCAAGAACUUAACAAAUGAAGAAGGCCACAGAGCAGUCUUUUUUAAGACCUUGUUUGAUGCUGUGUGCUUCGAAGGGGCAUUGCCUCCCAUCCAUACAAGCAAACUUUUUUGGCUUACAACUAUUUUUUUAAUAUUAGCCUUCUAGUCUGUAAUGGAAAUUGUAUAUUUUGAUAGAAGCUUUUUCUCUAUUGGUUAAAAUUAGCAUUACUUAAAUUUUGUUUCUUUAGAAAUAAAUACAGGUUAUAAAUGUGUGUAUAUUUAGAAGUUAUUAGGCUCUUUAAGCCAUCUUGCUUCUGAUUUUUCAUUGCUCUAUGAUUCCUUUUACUGGAAAAUACUGUCAUGAAUGGUUUUAAAUUUUAGACUCUAGAACUUCAAAGCCCCAUCAAAGGGAAGUAACUAUUAAAUCAGUUAAAAGUCAGCCUGUGUGUAUACUAUGUCUAUACUAACUCAUGUUUAAAAAAGGAAUAAUGAAAAAUCAAGAACAAGUCUUCAGUUUCAGUUGAAUUCAGCCUUUUCAAGAUUUCUUUUGUAAAUGAAUACAUUUAAUGAAUGUACAUUCUCUUUGUUGACUUUGAUGAUUUUAAACUUAAAGUGAUAUAUUUCUAUCUGGGAUAUGUUUCCACUUGAAAAGAAAUCUCAAAAACAAAGAUUAAAGUGUAAUAGGCUGUGGUGAUUUUUACUUGGGAAGCUAAAGUAUGAUUUUGGGGACUGAGUAUGUAUCAGCCUAGUUACAGCAUAACUUGAACUUCUAAGUUUGCUUUUGAUUCUUAUACGCUAUAGGAUUUUGAGUCUUCUAUUUGUACACGUGUCACCUUGGGGCUUCUUAUCUUCAAUUUUCCCUAAAUAUCGAUAAAUUCCCAGACACCAAAGAACACAUUUGCUUACGUGUCUGAACAGAACCAAGAUAAAAACACUGGUAUUUUUAUGUGUGUGCUCGAUGUGGUAUAAAAUAUAAAACCUAUAUUUUAACUUAGUAAAAUAUUUUACUAUUUCUCUACUUUAGACAAAAUGUUGCAUCCAAGCUACAAUGAAUGGCCAUGCUCCUUGAGUCUUGGUUUUAUGUUUUACUACUAAAAAGGAGUGUUUAUUCCUUGAAACCGUGGGUGCUUUUCUUUCCUCUUCUCUUCUCUUCUCUUCUCUUCUCUUCUCUUCUCUUCUCUUCUCUUCUCUUCUCUUCUCUUCUCUUCUCUUCUCUCGUCUCCUCUCGUCUCCUCUCGUCUCCUCUCGUCUCCUCUCGUCUCCUCUCGUCUCCUCUCGUCUCCUCUCGUCUCCUCUCGUCUCCUCUCCUCUCCUCUCCUCUCCUCCUCUCUUCUCCUUUUAGAGCUGUUAUUGACCAUCUCACUUUAUAUCUUGAUUUCCCCAGUGACUAUCUCUUAGGUUAUCAAAUUGGGGAAUGUGUGUGUGUGGGGCAGUAAGACAUUUAGCUCUUUUAUUCUGGUGAGGAUUUUUAGCCUCUUUAGAAUUUAAUGCUAUCAUAAGAUGAGAAACAAGUAUUUAUUUUAUUAACUACUACAAAAUUCCGUUAUCAGUAAAAAUGGAAAAGAUACUUAUUCAGAUGUAGUUCAGUGGGCUAUCCAGAAGAGAAGCAGCUAGUGUUUUAAAUGACUGUAAUACAUUUUUAGUUUUAAUAGGUUCUGCCCACAAUUUCGCAUUGUCCUUGCAUCCUCUUUAUGGUUAAAAAAAAAAAAAAACCUCACUUGGUUCACAGAAUUUCUCAGCAUACAAAUCUCUUCCUAAAUUAUGUUUUGAAUAAACUUUCUCCACAAUGAAAUACCUUAAUGUAAAACUUUAAUGUAAAGUUACUUGUUAGGACUACUACAAAGUGGACAUGUACUACUACUACCUUUCCAUUAAAGAGGUUCAGUAUUUAUUCUUACUAUCUGAAAUUUACUUGAUAACAGAGUAUGGUUAAAAAAUUAGUAUCUACUUUGAACAUGGUUAAUUUUUCUAUUUUAAAUUUGCUUUGUGUAUAGUCAAAGGUUUCUGGGUAUACUCUGUUACUUAGUAAACCUAGAACUAUGCUUUACAUGUAUUUUGAAAUCAGAUCCUUUGUGUGCACUGGGAUUUCUUGUUUUAUUUUUAAGAUUAAAAAAAAUUCAAGGAGGAAACAUAGUGAUAGCAUUUAGAUAUAUACAUGUCAUUUUACUUGUUCUUUUCCCAUUUCUCACUGUCCUCCCGAGCCCUCUUGCCUCCAUCUCCCCUUUUGCUUUCCUGUCACACACCUCCUGUUUCUCUCUUUCUCACCUCGUCCUUCCCUAGGAACCCUUCUUUCUUGUGCAUCGCAGUCUCCUUUCUUUCAUUGCCUGCACAUAAACAUAUACAUACAUUUUAGGGGUAUUUUUUUAAACCUCAAAGUUUUGGUCUCCUGAGUAAGCUUAUGAAAUUUUCAGUGAAUAAUUAUAAAAAUAAAGGGAAAAAGCAAAUUAUAAAAAUUCACUAUGCUCAGCCAAUCAUUAUUCUCUUGUGACUCAGUUCUACAGCAGCACCUAGUACAGUGCCUUGCACAAGUAGGCAUUCAGUAGUUAUUUACAAGUGUAAAUGGAUGAUGCAUUUUCAGCAUAAGUGAUUCAGUUCAUAAAAAUAGUUUUGACCUUAUUUGAUCUUAGAAUUUAAAAAUAAAGAAUUAUAAGCAAUGAGAAGAAAUGAAUAGGUAGUUUAAUGAAAACGAAUACACAUUAAUAAAAGCAGUUUGUCUAUAAGUUGCUACCUGGAGGUACUCUUGCCAGCUUUACUUGUAAAGGAAAGUUCUCUGUUAUUUGGAGUCUUCUAAGUAACAGUAAGUAAGAAAAAGUACAUAGUUUGUAACCAGAAGCUCACCAUUUGAAGAGAUUUGAAAAAUAUGUCUAAAUCUUUACUUUUAUUUUCUGGGAUAAUCCCACUUGUCACUAGUUUUCCAGGUGUGUGUGUGUGUAGUGAGAGUCACCCUUUUAAAGUGUUAUUGGAAGUAAUACCAGUAUUACAUGUUAAUGUUUCCUCCCUCUGUUUUUUCUUCGUGUGUGUAUAUGUGUAAGUUUGGAGUGUGUGUGUGUGUGUAAGUUUGGAGGCCACUCUUUGCACUAGACCAUCUCUUAUUGGUGAUAUUGGCCUAUAUCCCCAAAUGACAAAUUCAAAUCUUAUUUAUUUAAUAUCCAAGGAGUAUUUUGCUGUUUAAUAUUUAAACAUCAUUUAAUAUAUUUCAUUAUUAGCAUUAUAGCUUAUGGUUGUUUCCUGUUUGCUUAUUACUUUACUAAGUAUUUUUUAGCAGCAGCAGGACAGCAGUUUAUACAGGAAGAACUGAUUCAUGAUGACGGAAAUCUCAAGUCUUUAAUUUCAAAGAACUAUUAAUUUCUUUGCUAUGCAGAGUAAGAUACAAUUUAAUUAUGAAAAGAAAGGCACAGUUUGAGCUAGUUUAUACACAAAAAGUAAAAGUUCUCACCAAAUGCCAAUUCUUCACUAUCUAAUAAAUACUUAAACAUUUUUUAAAUAAAAAUUUUUGUGACUUCUUAACCCAAAGUGAUGACAGUGUUCUUUUUUGUUUGUUUUGUUUUGUUUUGUUUUAAUUUGGAAGGUGGGAGGGGAUUAUGUAUUGCAAUGAUGAGCUAUGCAAAAUUGUUUGACACUUUUCAGUAUCUUACAAUGUUGUAAGUACAGUACUUACUGGUCAGAAUUAAUCAUUUAGAAAGUGGCUUUAAAUUCUGUGGAGUUUUGUUUGUUUUAUUGUUGUUUGUUUGUUGGCUUAAGAAUAAACCCAGAGCCAUGUGAAUUUCAGGCAAGCACUUCUACCACUGAGUUACACUCCAAAGCAUAAAUUGUAAAAUUGUUUAAAUGCAAAAUUACAGCUAAACUAGAGAAGUUUUAUUUUUAGCCCGCCCCUCCCCCCCCGGGAAAUUUAUUAAGCAUGUGUGCCAGUACCCAUACAUGCAUAUACACACACAAGUCAAAAGAUUUGUUAUUUAAAAUUUUAAAUCAUGUAGAAUGUUGAGAAAAUUAUAAGGUAAUCUAUAGAAAUUUGUUUUUAACUGAAAAACUGGUGGCUGCUGAUUUUCCAAUAAAUGAAAUUUAAAUUUAAUUGUAUUCACUUUGAAAUUACUUGACUUAAUCUUCAUUUUCCACUUGGGCUUAAUUUUCAUGUGGUGGUUUUCAUUAACUUAUAGUAAAAUGGAGAAUUGAUUAACCUUGACUUAGAAAAUUUGAUUAGGGACUUUAAAUUAGGUCCUAAAUUUUAUGACAUAUUCUUGGCCAUGUUUAGAAUUAUGUUUUGUCCCAAACAUAGUUUCUGAACUAACAUGUUGGCAGAACAACUAAGGUAAAAUGAAAAUGUAUAAGAAAUGUAUAAAGAAUUCUUUUUAGUAAGUACACAAUAGGUUACUAAUGCUUUCAGGUCAUUGAUGUGUUUGGGAUUGUGUGUUUUAGAACUGUUCAUAAGAAUAUACUGAAAUGCAGUAAGCAUUUUUAUAUGAAUAAAGUUUGUGAACUGCAA